AUGCUGUGUUGCGGCUGUUUGACAAUACUAAUGACUCUACUGGGUGCCAGUACUUCAGUGUGUACGAUUAUCUUCCCCGUUUUUCGCAUGAAGAAUGAAACAAAGGAAGCGAUCCAAACCCUAUGGUACUACAUGGAAAAAACUGCGAGUACAGAAAGCAAGACAAGUGUCCGGGAGAGUGAAUGCUACGAGUACAGUGUAUACUUUCAGGUCAGUAUGGGCGCUGUCGCAGCGGCUGCCGCAGUUGGACUCAUUUCUCUUCUAUUUCUCUGUGGUGUGGUUGCCUGCGGAAAAAAAAUGAAGCACUUGAAGGCUGUCUCUUUAUCGCUGGUCUUUUUUUCUCUUCUGGGUGCAAUAACUUGUAUUGGACUCGUUACUCUCGGUUAUUUGAGAGGUUACUGCCAAGGCGAUCCGAAACUGCGCGACAAGUACGCCCCGUUCAAGGAACGUGGUUUUAAAAUUGAUGUCGGUUCAUAUCUUCUUUGCGCCGCUGUCGCUCUAUACUUGUUAACCACAAUCACGCACUGUUGCCUUUAG